AUGGAGUUGAUGAAAGAAGUCGAUAAUGAAGGCGAAAACGUUUCCCAACCGUUAUCGUCCAGUUCAACGGCUCAAGCUGUACAGGAGUGCUAUAAUGAUCAAACAGAUGACCUUCUUCUGGCGGCUAGCAUGGCAGCUACCGUAUUCAAUGUUAUGGUCAUAUUUUGUGCCGUAAAACUAUUCAAACGAAGUGGUGACACUAUGCAUCUGUUUAUUCUGAAUAUGACUGUCGGCGAUCUUAUUUUAACUGUAUUUUGUCAUCCGAACGAAUUACUUAUACGGAAACAUGAUUUUCUUCAACAAAUUCACUUAUGUGCUGUAGUUCAUUAUUUCAACUGGACGGGAUUAGCAGUCUCCGGAUUGUCACUUACAAUGCUUAAUAUUGAUAAGUUAAUUUACUUCCGUUGGCCACUCAAUUAUGACAGAUCAAUGUCGAAACGUAGAGCUGCUUUAUUUUGCCUCCUCAUCUGGGGACUGUCUGUUGGUAACGUCUUCAUUAAUCGUCUCCAUAUAUCUAUUCAAUUUAACACGACAAAAACGAAAAUGCUGGAAGUGGUGGAGGAACAUGCAGCAUUCAAAAACAAGCUUGUAAGAUUCCGUCAUUCAACAGGUCAAAUCGUUAGUCUUCAUCUUUGCCACCACAGCCUGGACAUCUUGCAGUUUAUUGCCAUAUCGUAUCAUGAAUUUGGCUAG